UCCCCCUACUUUCCCAAGACAGCACUUCCAUGAAUUUAGUCUUCUGUAAAUCACUGGGCAUUUCUGUGAGCCCUUUCUACCUCCACUUUCUUCUGUCCUCGCAGUUUCCUUAUCCCGGACCGCGCCCCACUUCCCACCCAAUCACCCCACAAACAAGAUUGCAAGACCCAAUAGAAAAUGAUCCUUUUAGUGACAGUUGCUUGUCAGUUGGCCGAUCCACUGGGCACCGGGGUGCAGUCUUUGAGAUUUUUGAUCCUGGAGGCCACCGAGCUCAGCGUUCCGGGCAGGACCUGGGCGAGGGGCGCUUAGCCCUUCGUUUCGAUCUUCCCACCAACAUCCGAGAGCCUAAUCAGCGCGCCCACGGAGGCGCCUUAAGGGCAGUUGGGGAGGAUGAGCAGAGCCGGGAGACAGCAAGAGGUACAGACCCUCUGCAGCACCUCUCCAAUUCCGCAGCGCUUCCGGGUGGCGUAUACAGCUCCAGGAUUGGGAAAGGGGCUCCGGUGGCCUGGCCCGCGGGCGCCUGGCUUCGAAACCAGAGGCAGGAGUGUGGGGCGCGGGGUUGGGGGGUGCCGGGCAGAGGAGGAAGCCUUGUCCAGGUCCGCUGGGCGAGGGGUCCCGGGUCAGGGCCGGUCUGAGCCCCGGUGCCCCGCAGGUCUCCCCGCGCCCCGGCCGCGCCCACACACCCGCCCCCUAGCCACUGCGGUUGCUAUGCGUUGCCGUGAAACGCCUGUCAAUAAACCCUGUUUGGACAGUGGA